AUGUUGAAAAUCUACAUUUUAAUGUAUUAUGAAACAGGAUCAAUUCGUCCACGUGCAAUCGGAGGUUCAAAACCUAGAGUUGCCACCGCUGAAGUGGUGUCUAAAAUAUCUUCAUACAAAAGAGAGUGUCCUUCCAUAUUUGCCUGGGAAAUUAGGGAUAGGUUAUUGCAAGAAGGUGUCUGUACAAACGACAAUAUACCAAGCGUAUCAUCAAUCAACAGGGUAUUACGUAAUUUAGCCGCACAAAAAGAACAAAACUCAACGCCUCCCGUUUCUAGUGGUAAUGAUAACGUCUACGACAAACUCAGGUUAUUAAAUGGAAAUCAGACAAGUUGGCGAUCUCCAUCCUCGUGGUAUUCUAGUGCAAAUACAGCUUUUCAUUUACAACCUCUCAGUCCGCAACCUUCCAUUUUAUCCGACGACAUUGUUUCCAAGAAAGAGCUCAUACUCAUUAAAAGAGUUGCCACAAUGGACAAAGGAAUAUCCGGAAUCCGUGCUGCUGGAAUAUGGCCCAUAGAUCCUAAUGAAUUCUCUGAAGAUGAUUUCAGCUUAGUAGAUCACACUGAAGUUUCAGGUAUGCACGUUGUAAUGGACUUAGAAACCGACGUUACCAAUGAUGACAGGGCCCUUGAUCAGUCAAGAUGUGACGAAACUCUGCAGAGAACUCCACCGAGAACAUCAGGAAAUAUUAAAACUCAGUCUAGUAUACCCAUUGAAAAGCUAGCUCCUCUUCCUUCCAAAUUUAUAAACAAAAAAUUCCAAAUCACACCUUCUGACGUGCUUGUAAUAGUUAACAUGGGGGUAAAUGUUGGAAUAUCGCGUUUCAGACUACUUAACGAAAAACCGCAAAAGUUUGAGGUUAACUUGGGCUUCGCUGUUAAUACAUUCGCUAUUUAA